UACCGAAGCCUAAAGGAAGAGCGAUCAAGAGGGGAGAACGAGCUCGAGGUCAUUUCUUCUUCUUCUUCUUCUUCUCUCUUGAGGGCUGGAAUCCAUGAUCGGAAGGGAGGAAGACAUGGCUUCCAGGAGGCAGACCGUGGUCUCUGAGCAGCAGAGAGGUGGAGCUGUGCCUGUGGGUAAGCAGAAGAAUGUCAAUGCGGCGGAUGCAAAGAGCCGCCGAGCGCUGGGAGACAUUGGCAAUCUGGUCAACAUCCGAGUUGCUGAAGGGAAGCCGGAGCCCCAUAUAAACCGUCCCAUCACUAGAAGUUUUGGUGCUCAACUUCUUGCGAAUGCACAGGCCCCUGCUGCUAAUAAGCAGAAACCUGUAGCUAUUCCGGCUAAUGCAGCAGUUGGUAGAGUUGGCACAAAACCAGUUACCAAGGCCACUGCUGACACUAAGGUGGCGAAUGAAGAAUUAAUGCAAACAUCUGCGAGCAGUGGUUCCUUCACCAAAUCCUCGAGAAAGAAAGUUACCACACUUUCAUCUGUGCUCACAGCUAGAAGCAAGGUUGCUUGUGGACUCACUGAUAAGCCGAAGGAGCUAGUUGAUGACAUUGAUGAAGCCGAUAAGGAGGAUGAAUUGGCCGUCGUGGAUUAUGUCGAGGAUAUCUACAAAUUCUACAAAUCUGCUGAGCACUACAGCAGGCCUCACGGCUACAUGGACUCCCAGGUGGAGAUCAACGCGAAGAUGAGAGCUAUUCUUGCCGACUGGUUGAUUGAAGUGCACCACAAAUUCGAGCUGAUGCCUGAGACACUCUACCUGACGUUCCAUAUAAUCGAUCGGUACCUCUCCAUGGAGACGGUCUUGAGGAGGGAGUUGCAGCUUGUCGGGGUCUCCGCCAUGCUCAUAGCGAGCAAGUACGAGGAGAUAUGGGCACCGGAGGUCAACGAUUUCAUUUGCAUAUCAGACAGGGCCUAUACCAGAGAGCAGAUUCUUGGAAUGGAGAAAGGUAUCCUGAACAAGCUCGAGUGGAACUUGACUGUGCCAACUGCAUACGUCUUCCUCGUGAGAUUUCUGAAGGCUGCAUCAUCAUGCGACAAAGAGGUGGAGCACCUGACGUUCUUCUUCUCCGAGUUGGCUCUGACGCAGUACUCGAUGUUGAGGUACUGCCCAUCCAUGGUGGCUGCGUCCGCGGUCUAUGCGGCCCGGUGCACUGUCAAGAGGACUCCUCUGUGGACCGAAAGGCUUGUGCGCCACACAGGCUUCUCCGAGCAAGAACUGCUGGACUGCACAGGAAUUCUGGUUGACUCCCAUUCGUUGGCUCCUGAGAGCAAGCUCAAGAUUGUGUACAAGAAGUAUGCGCGUGAGCAACUUGGAGCGGUGGCGCUGCAUCCACCGGCAACAACAUUAUUGGAGGAGUUGAAAGCUUCUUCUUCAUGGAAGUGAUCGGAGAUUAUAGCAUUAUCUCUCGUAUAUGUUCAUGCUCUUCGUGAAGUAUUGCUUUCUGUGAAUAGGCAAAUGUCUGUGAGUGUGGUGUGGUUGAAGCUGUAGAACGCAAACUUGACGGUGUGUGUGUAUAUAGCAUGAAAACUAUGGUUAUCAUCUGAAUGCGAAAGUAACCCAGUUCGAUC